AUAGCCUAUAAAAAACACCCUACCAAGCCCCAAGCACCCCACUAACCCAAUCAAACACAGAGUUUUCAGUUUUCUUUCCUUCGUUUAUAGGAUUUUUUGUUUGCUGAGUCUGAUAACGAGGAAAGAAGGGAAAUGGAAGGCAAAGAAGAGGAUGUUAGACUGGGAGCCAACAAGUUUUCAGAGAGGCAGCCAAUAGGGACUGCAGCUCAGAGCCAAGAUGAUGGAAAGGACUACACUGAACCACCACCAGCACCACUUUUUGAGCCUAGUGAGUGGACCUCUUGGUCAUUUUACAGGGCUGGGAUUGCUGAGUUCAUGGCUACUUUCCUUUUCUUGUAUAUCACAAUUUUGACUGUUAUGGGAGUUGUUAAGUCAAACACUAAGUGCACAACUGUUGGGAUUCAAGGGAUUGCUUGGGCCUUUGGUGGCAUGAUCUUUGCUCUUGUUUACUGCACUGCUGGAAUUUCAGGUGGUCACAUCAACCCUGCGGUGACAUUUGGGCUGUUCCUGGCAAGAAAACUGUCCUUGACAAGGGCUAUUUUCUACAUGGUGAUGCAGUGUUUGGGAGCCAUAUGCGGUGCUGGUGUGGUUAAGGGAUUCAUGGGGAAGAGAGAGUACGGUCGUUUGAAUGGUGGAGCCAACUUUGUGGCUCAUGGCUACACCAAGGGAGAUGGCCUUGGUGCUGAGAUUAUUGGCACCUUUGUUCUUGUUUACACUGUAUUCUCAGCCACUGAUGCCAAGCGUAAUGCCAGAGACUCUCACGUUCCAAUUUUGGCACCCUUGCCAAUCGGGUUCGCGGUGUUCUUGGUGCACUUAGCCACCAUCCCAAUAACAGGAACCGGUAUUAACCCAGCUCGUAGUCUUGGUGCCGCCAUCAUCUUCAACAAGGACAAGGGUUGGGAUGACCACUGGAUUUUCUGGGUGGGUCCAUUCAUUGGUGCAGCACUGGCAGCACUUUACCACCAAGUUGUGAUCAGAGCCAUUCCUUUCAAAUCAAAGUGAUCAGAUCAACGGUCAUGAUUGUGAUCUUAAGAUAAACUUUGAAAAAGAAGAAAACCCCACCCACCGUUUCAGUUUGUUUCCAAUUUUCUUUUGUUUGUAUGCCUGUGUAUUUAUAUGUAAGAAAAUGUAAGAUGCUUCAAUGGGAGCCUUCUUUCCUUGUUUUUAUAUAAGCUAAAAAAGGGCGGUUGUUGAGGGCUACUGGGCCCAUCUCAAUGUUGGUGACUUGGCUGUGAUUGUGAAAUUUCUUUUCAUAAUAACAGCGACCAUGCCUGCUCCAUGGCUUGGAUUCCAAAUUACUAUUAUAUUCACUCAGCCUGAUUUGUCUCUUUCUUA